ACCCCCAGGAUGGACAAGUUGGCGUGUAACCCAUUCGCUUUGUCUGGGACCUCUUUACAUGUGAGCAAACCUUCAUACACGUUCUUUUACUGCCAUCUACUGUUCUUUAUAUGCAAGUGCAGAUGCCGAAAAAAAAGGAAAUCGCCAACCCGCCCAUUAGGCUCAUUUAAUUGGCAAACGUGUCAAGAGCAGCAAGCGCGUGCAGAUCAGUGCGGUGCAAAUCAUGGCUUUGAGAAUGUAUGAAGAAAAAGAUCAUGUGGCUGCCUAUCUGCAGUACAGAGUGACUCCUGAAGAAAUGAUCAACAGGAUUAUGGACUUUAUGAAACCAAAGACGCAACAGAAGUUCAACCUGGCAGUGGAUGUUGGAUGUGGUAAUGGUAAGGGGACCAUACUCUUGGCCCCCUUCUUCGACCAGGUUGUUGGGACAGACGUUAGUCCCGCCCAGCUGGAGAUGGCACAGGCCAACAGCCUUUGCUCAAACGUGACUUACAGGCAGUGUCCUGCAGAAGAACUCCCGUUCGAAUCGAGUCAGGUCGACCUCGUGACGGCCAUGACGGCGGCUCACUGGUUCGACCGCCCACGCUUCCUGAAUGAGGCCGACCGUGUACUCAAGUCCAAUGGCUGCCUGGCCCUGCUGAGCUACACGAUGGACAUGGAGCUGGAGUAUGGCGAUGCCACAAGUGCGCUUAACAACAUCUGUGAUGAGUUAUAUGCAGCUCUGAGACCCUUCAAAAACCCUUGUCUGGGCUCCUCUUCUUCAAAGAUCUACUUUGAUAUGUUUGAAUCCUGCACCUAUCCGGACAAAGAGUGGAAUGGCUCCCUAAGAGUUAACAGGACGGUGACAGUAAACAGUUUCAUCGGCAUGGUGGAGACUUUCACCAGCUAUCAGAAGCUGAUGCGCCAGGACGCCGCUGAGGCCAAACGUCUUUCUGACGACAUCAGGAACAAGCUAAUGGCCGCCAUGCAGGUGUCCUCACCAGACACAGAGCUCACUAUGGUGGUCAGGUAUUUCUACAUGUUUGCACGCAAACCUUGAUCCUUCUGACAAGCCUGAAGACAGACAAGAGAAGGGUCUCUUGGGUGGACACUCAUAAGAUUUGAAAAAAAAAGAAAACUCAGCCUCCAUCCUGACCUCGAAAUAAAACUUAAAGGUUGAGAAGAAAGAGUGUAAGCUGUUUUAUUUGUUUCAUUUGACAGUAUUUUUAGGCCCUGUCCACACAACAAUGUUCCUGGGAUUUUUUGGGGGGGCAGGUUAAAAACAAUUCUGACACGUCUCUCCAACAUUGCAUGGAAGUCGGGAACAUUGCCUCUGGAUUGGCAGACCGGGGUGGUGGUCCCCCUUUUUGAGAAGGGUGA